UUUCCGGUGGACGAGGGGACAAACAAAUUGAAUGUACAAAGUUUAACUCAGAAAUUAAUAGAAAUUAGUUUUGCAACACUGGUCCAAAGAUUUUAUUGUUUUGAAACGUGUAUAAAACAAUAAUAAGAUGGAAGAUUCCAAAGUAUUGCACGUAGAAAUAUGUCAAAAAGCCACCAGUUUGUUGACUACUAGGCACAUAGAGGAGAUGGUACAUGAAGAGAUAAAAAAAUUGGAGGAUGUUCAAUUAGAAACUAUUAUGUAUGGAUACAAUUUCCCAUAUCCUGUAAAAGAUCAUGUUAAUUCAAUAGUAUAUUCUCCCAGACAUUGGCCGGGAGGUUACAUGAAAGUACAAGAAGCCAGUUUAAGAUUUCAUGUAUAUAAAUUAACCAAAGAGGAUGCAGCUACAGAAGUGAUGGAAAAUGAUAGUGAAAAUUUGCCAGUAUCUUCUCAUUGGAUUUUGCCUUCAAGAGAAUUUCAUCUUCUGUGGGAAAAUCUUUAUUUUGAUUCUAACAUAAAAGAAGAUUUGUUAUGCUACGUGACAACAUCAGUGUUAUUUUCACGGCGCAAUGUUGAUCCUAACAUUAUAAGCUGUAAUAAAGUAGUGUUAUUACACGGACCUCCAGGUACUGGUAAAACUAGCCUGUGCAAAGCUAUUGCACAAAAAAUAGCUAUUCGUGGGAUGGGAUUUACUCACGUCGAAUUUGUUGAAAUAAACAGUCACAGUCUAUUUUCAAAGUGGUUUUCAGAGAGUGGAAAAUUAGUCAUGAAAUUAUUUUCCGAAAUGAAGCGUCUUCUCGAAAAUUCUGAAGUAUUAGUUUGCAUUCUGAUCGAUGAAAUAGAAUCGUUAGCACAUGCUCGUAAGUCGUGUAGUAAUGGAGUAGAACCCACUGACUCUAUAAGAGUAGUGAAUGCCUUACUAACACAACUGGAUAUAAUAAAACGAUACCCGAAUGUUUUAAUUCUGACUACUAGUAAUUUAUCAGAAGCCAUUGAUUUAGCGUUUGUCGAUAGAGCAGACAUAAUACAGUAUAUUGGCCAUCCCACUCAUCAAGCUAUAUACAAAAUUUAUGCUUCUUGCAUUAAAGAGUUGAUGAGGGUAUCUCUGCUACAGUCCCAAGAUAUUUUUGAUUUUUCUUACUUAGAAAAAUUAGGCUUUGAAGAAAACACUCAAACAAAGGACAGCCUUCAAUUAAUGAAACUCAGUCAGAAAAGUUUCAGGCUUAGCGGACGAAUUUUAAGGAAAAUACCAUUUUUAGCUUAUGCAAUGACUUUGCUCGCGAAAUCGCAUACAUUGAGUCUACUUUUAGAAUCCAUGCAUCUAGUUGUUGUAAAACAAGAAGAAAAGAUGAUGUCGCGCAAACAUUGAGAUAUUUGUUAUAAAAGUUAAAUUCUGUUAAU